AUGAAGAUGAUAGUUGCAGUAUUACUGUGGUUUAGUGUUAUUCUAGGAUACCCAGUUUUCGCGCAACAAACCAAAGAUAAAAUAAUAUUUCACUAUAACAAUACAUAUAGGUACAAUGUUCCCUACACAAUGAACAUCAACAGGAAUACAGAGUACAUUAUGGAAUUUGGCGGGGACUCGGAGGAGGAGGCGUAUUACACUCCAGCCCGAGUGACGGUGGCCAGCGACUUUGCUAACAGCACUUACCCCCUGUUCAUAACAGCACGUCAGCAAAAAGGUGUGUUCUCAUGGCAACUGCCCAUGUUGGUUCAAACCCCUGACAGCCUAGAACAAUUCACAAACAUAUCGAGGACUCUGUGUCCACACAACAACCUGUUCUCCGAAGACAUGGAUACGUGCGACAUAUCAUCAGUGAACACGCCAAUUGUACACCUGACCUCGUCUUCGCCCGACGAUAUCCGAGUCACAAUUGUGGUGGAAACGGUACAAGACUUCUACAUCAACUUGAACUCUGUCACCAACCUCACCAGUACUCCUAGUCAGCCCAAAUACUAUUUCUACCCGUUCGACCAAGGUCCUAAUGGGAUGAUGGAUCUGACCACCCAGAAACUUAAAAGGAAACAUAUGUGUAAUGAGAAACUUGAGGAGAAUGAUGAGAGGGCGUUGAGAAGCUACUGGAAUAGAUACCAUCUUGAUGGCGAUUGGCUUUGGAAGCCGAAAAGCGUUAUAGUCAUGAUUGAAUCUGAGGACGAUAUAUGCGCGGUGGUUUCGAUACAAAACUUCUCGUGUCCAGUAUUCGAUAACGAAAGAGAUAUACUCUAUGAUGGAUACUAUUUGACUAUGACGCGGCGUGGAGGAAUAACUUUAACGCAAGACACAUUCCCGGUUGGUUUCUACAUAGUGUUCAUAGUCAAAACUUCGGAUGACGACUGCAGUGACGUCACCGUUAACUCUACCCUGCCCAAGAUGGCGACCUACCUGGGGUGGGGAGAGGAAAAGGUUGUCUAUGUGCCUACAAAUGAUGGAAGAGUCAAACAGUUUAGCUUCAAGAUAAUAGAGACUAUAUCGUAUAGGGAAUACGCUAUAGCGGCCGGGGCAGUGCUAGCAUUCUUCUGCUGUUUCUAUAUAGCGUAUCUUGUAGUGGUGUUGUGUCAAUGGAAGACUAGUUGGAGCCGAUUGGUGGACGAAACCAGUGCCACUGAAGAAGGUCGCCACAGCCCCGAAGAUGGCGACACUACCAAAGUCCGAAGGCGACGCGUAAUCAAUGCGAGUGGUAGCGGUGAAUCUUCUCGAUCGCAUCACGCUAAUGGAAGCUUCACCCAAUCACAGACUAAUUCACAGCCCACGGUUGAAUCCAGCUCAGCAUCUGAUACUGAAUCAGAUUACUCCACUUUGGACGACGCAAACCCGGACAAGGAACCGUACCGUUUAGGUGGAAAACUGUGCGUCGCUAACCUGGCCAGGUGUCCACCUCGGGUAUUGUCCAAUCGUUCUAACAUGUAUCUAUGGAAUGUUCUAACCGUUAUGGUUUUCUACACCCUGCCCGUUAUACAACUGGUUAUCACAUACCAAAGGCUACUCAACCAAUCUGGUAACCAAGACCUGUGCUAUUUCAACUUCCUAUGUGCGCAUCCCUUAAUGUUCCUGUCGGACUUUAACCAUGUAUACUCGAAUCUGGGAUACGUUCUAUUGGGACUAUUGUUCUUGAUGCAAGUAUGGAGAAGACAUAAGAACCAUAGGGAGAAGACGCCUGCUCAGAAAGAGCUGGGUAUACCGCAACACUUUGGUUUAAUGUACGCGAUGGGAGUGGCGCUAGUGAGCGAAGGAAUAUUGUCAGCUGCAUACCACGUGUGUCCUAACAGUAUGAACUUUCAGUUUGACACGUCCUUCAUGUACGUGACUUCGGUAUUGUGUAUGGUGAAGAUUUACCAAUCGCGUCAUCCCGACAUCAAUGCGAGAGCACACGCCACGUUUGGAGUAUUGGCGCUUAUAAUAUUUAUCGGUCUGAUGGGUGUGCUGAACGCUAACUUCUUCUUCUGGAUAUUCUUCACCGUUCUGCAUUUAGUCACCUGCCUGGUGAUGACCUUCCAGAUCUACUACCUUGGCAGGUUCCGGCUUGACGCUCGUCUCGUAUCGCGUGCGGCUCGCGAGUUGCUAGCUGCUCCGCUGGCUGCAGUCACGCCGACGCACUGUGGUCGAUGCGUGUUGUUAGCUCUGGCUAACUUGGCCAAUUGGGCGGUCGCUGCUUAUGGACUAUCGCAACACAGCCGCGACUUCGCAUCUCAUCUACUCCUGGUUCUGAUGAGCAACCUGUUCUUGUACACUUUGUUCUACAUAGUCAUGAAACUGCUGCAUCGCGAGUCCAUAAGGUGGUAUAGUUGGGUGUUCAUAGUACUGACUUACUCGACGUGGUUCGGCUCGAGUUAUUUUUACCUGGAUCAGAGUACCAACUGGGCGCUUUCACCGGCCCAGUCACGACAAAGCAAUCGACCUUGCUCUCUGCUAAGACUGUAUGAUAUGCAUGACGUUUGGCAUUUCCUAUCUGCGGUCGCCAUGUUUGUAUCCCUAAACAUGUACUUGACCAUAGACGACAACUUGUCUUCAGUGCCCAGAGACCAAAUCAUGGUGUUCUAG